AUGUAUUGCCUAAUGAUUUUUUAUAUUAUGUUUAUUUUAGGUGAUAACAUAGAGAUAUCAAAAUCUGAGUUUGAUUGUAUUAUAGUUAAAAAACAUAUCAUUGACUCGAACUCGCUUAAUAACUAUAAUUCUGUAAAAAUAUCAUUUCCUGGGACAGUAAUCUAUAAACUAGUGAGAAAAAAUAUUCCGCAUUUACCAAACGCAAGAGUUUUUAUCCUAGAAAAUAAUACUGUUUAUUUUAAAAAAUUUAACACAAAAAUAAGAAUAAAUUUUGAGCGAAAGUUUUUUGGAUUAAUUUUAGAUGUAUGGUUUAUUAUUAUGCUUAUGGUAAUCAUAUCCUCAUACUUUUUAAUAUUUUGUAAAAAACCUUUUUAUAUUUUUGAUUUAUAA